AUGGGCUGGUGGCCGUUCUCGUCUGCUGCGGAAGAACCACCUCUGCCCACGCGCCAAGACCGCCAGGCGUGCUGGAACGCCCGCGACGCCUACUACACGUGUCUAGACUCGGCGGGUGUGGUGCGGCCCGGAAGCGAGGGCCCGAAAGUGUGCAGGGCGGAGAACCGGGUGUAUGAAAGGAGUUGUGCACAGAGCUGGGUCAAGUAUUUCAAUGAGCGGCGCAGACUAGCGUUUGCCCAGAAGGACAUGAUUGCGCAGGCCAACGCCCAGAAUGCAGCGGCAGCUGCCAGUGCCAGCGGUAGCACUAAGAGGCGGAAUAACUUGUCCGAUGUCCGUCUUUUGGUAGACCCGCCGGGCCGCGCUAGCCCCUAG